CUCCCCAGUAAGAGCACUGAACAGUGCUCGCAGUGUAUAUCGGCACAUACCUGCACAUACCUACUAUGUCCGUGGGUUCUGCAAGCCAAUGUUCGGAGAAUAGCUUGAAUUCCGUAACUAAUUAUAAUCAUUGGAAAGUACAAAAGGUGGGUAAAUUUGAUACCAGUGCGAGACUCACCAGAUAGGGAUUGGAGCAGCCGUGAAUAAUUUUCGCAACGUGUGAUAAUUGACAAUCGAAAAUCGCAAUUGUCUCUUACGUAUGAUGCGGUCAUCCACGCGUGGAUAGUCUGACUACUACGCAAAUGUGAAAUCACUUGCCAAAACUAACCUCGUAUGUUGUGAAAAAUAUAACGCGAAAAAAGUGACGAUGUAAAACUUCGUUGAUGAAACGUAUUAAAUGUUUAUCACUUUCAAAGUGGCUCAACCAUCUGACGUUUCUAAACAACGGAAGCAGAUUUGUGGUUCAAGGUGAAAUCAUUGUCCCUGGAAAAAACAAUGUAUUGCCUACAAUGGUUGAUUCCUGUUUUACUAAUACCAAAACCAGUGAAUCCUGCGUUACUUCAGACUCAUGUCAUGUUCAUGAUACUGUAUUUAAUUGGUUUUUUCCUUGAAAGAAAGCCAUGCACCAUUUGUAGUGUUGUGUUUCUGGCCGCUGUAUUCCUAAUAUGUUAUAGCGGUGUAGGUAACUGUCUCUUCUGGAGUGCAAAUUGCGACAGUGUCAAGUGUGACUAUGGUUAAUAGUGAAAUUAUUGACAACAUAGGAUUUACCGAAAUGUCUCUAGCUUGUCUAGAAAGUGCGAUUUUAUUAUUAUAUGUACAUAUUGUUAUUGUGAUUAACGAGAACAGGCAAAGUGGUGUGAGUGUAAUUGAAUGACGGAUUCGAACCUCUAGCAUUUCUAUGAGCGCGCAGCAUGAAAAAGUUUGGGAGAACACGAAUUUGUAUAUACUUUUUCUUGCCAUGAUCUAUACCAAGAAGCGGCAAUCUUUAUAUGCUGAAUUGUUAUAAAAAAAGAUCUAGUAAAUUAUUUUCCAAAAUUCGUAUUUUUUAAAAUACUUCAUUAUUGUUUAAAACAGUCAAAAUGAGACCAGUUAUUGCCACAAAUCAAAUCAACAACAGUUCUUACAAAGUCGUCAUUUCAUCAUGGCUUUGUUCCAUCAAGAAGUUGUUCGUCAAUUAUGCAUGGACUAUUAUCGUGCAUAUUAUUUGUAAAAAUUAAUACAUUAACGAGUUUUCAAUUCAUCUGGCAAAAAUAUCUCUUCGAAAUGCUUAAAAAUUAAAACAUUUAUAGUUGAUUGGUUGGUUGUUAUGGAUGCUUGUAUAUUUUCUAUAUCCCAAUGUGAGAAACAAUGGAUUUCGGAUGACCGUAUAUCCAGUGAUCAUCAGUCUGUUCUGCAUUUGAAUGAUUUAUAAUCGAAAACUGCCGCUGUGAGAAAUCAGUCACUCUUCCAUGAUUCCAGGGGUUGUCUUUGGGAUACAUAUUAUUUCUAUUUACACAUUAUUCCACAUACAUGUUAUUCAUACAGAAGUAUAAAUUGUAUCAUUUAUAUCAGCAUCAAAUACUACCUAAAAUUGAUCAC